AUGCUGUAUCGGCAUCGAUACGUCGCCUACCAGUCGUUGCGAGCCUUUUGCCACCAAGUGGCACGUCAAUACUCUAGCACAACCCCUCACUUUAGCACGACUCAGGUUUUUAUUACGACCCCUAUAUUUUACGUAAAUGCUGCGCCGCACAUUGGGCACGUGCAUUCGGCCGUUCUGGCGGACGCGCUCUCUCGCUGGUACAAAAUUAAGAAGAGCGAUGUGUUGUUUACUACGGGCACAGAUGAGCACGGUCUAAAGGUUCAAGAAGCUGUUGAGAAGAGUGGCUCGACAGACUAUAAGGCCUUCUGUGACGAAAUGUCGUCACGCUUCAACAAGGUUUUCCGGAAGGCCAAUGUGGAUUACUCAAGUUUUAUCCGGACGACUGAUGAAGAUCAUCAUGCAGCAGUAGGCUCAUUGUGGAGGACUAUUUGGGACAAUGGACACAUUUAUCUGGGUAACCACGAGUCAUGGUACUGCAAGUCUGACGAGAGUUUUUUAACGGACAUGCAAGUGGAAAACAAGAUGGAUGCGGAUGGUAAAGUGGUCAAGGUGUCGAAGGAGAGUGGACAUAUGGUGGAGAUGUUGAGUGAAGAGAACUACAAGUUUCGACUCUCGGCCUUUCAAGAUCGAUUGUUAAAAUGGCUGGAUGAAAAUCCAGACGUGAUUGUGCCCAAGUCGAGAUACAAUGAAGUGCAGGCGGCUGUCGCAGCAGGACUGCGAGACUUGUCAGUCUCACGGUUAAGCGAAAAAAUCAAGUGGGCAAUUAAAGUUCCAGAUAACGACAGACACUGUGUUUACGUGUGGCUGGACGCGUUGACGAAUUAUCUUACAAGUGCUGGUUACCCGGGAAAUAUUGAUCGAGCAUGGCCUGCAGACUACCACAUCGUGGGCAAGGAUAUUCUCAAAUUCCACGCCAUUUACUGGCCGGCAUUUUUGAUGGCAGCAGGGCUACCAUUGCCGAAGAAAGUGGUAGCACACGCGCACUGGACCGUUGGGAAUGUCAAAAUGUCUAAGAGUCUUGGCAACGUAGUAGAUCCGCAUGCGAUUCUGUCGAAGUAUGGAUCCGACUUCGUUCGGUUCUUUUUGCUGCGUGAGGGAGUGCUAACAAACGAUGGUGAUUUUAAUGUUGGCACGCUCGAAGACCGGGUGAAUAGCGAGCUUGCUGAUACGCUUGGAAAUCUGGUUUCGCGCAGCACAGGAAAAUCGGUACUCUCGAACGGCAUCAUGCCGAAACGUCCUCAGCUCGACCGUCUGACCGCAGAAGAUAAGGAACUUGUUACCAGGGGACAGACUCUUGCUGGCAAGGUCGAGAAGCUCUUUGAUGCACCUGAUUUUUCGCGCGGCUUAGAAGAAGUUGUGUUCUUCCUUCACGACGUCAAUCGGUAUUUCACGAUAAUGGAGCCAUGGGUUCUUUCGAAGACCCUAAAGAACUCUGAAGACGUGACGUCAGAGAACUAUAAAGCGACAAAAGCACGUCUGGACACAGUGCUGUAUCUUGCUAUUGAUGCAGCACGCGUGAGUGCGAUUUUGUUACAGCCUGUCGUGCCAAUUGCUGCAACAAAGAUUUUAGAGUAUUUAAUGGUACCAGAAGACAAGCGGUCUUUGACUGAAGCAAUAAUGCUCUGCAAUGACGAUCAAGUGAUGGGUGACGUGCUCAACAACGCCAACUCAUUCGUAACCUUUGCCAAGAUUUACAAGCAGCGUGCCCAUUAG